GCAUCAACAAUGACACUCCCUGCAGAGUUUAGCACAACUGCACAGGACCGUCGUUGGUCAACUGAGUGAGCAUGGGCUAUGCUUUUUCAUUGGCUAAAACACUGACUUGAUGUGAUGACACUUUUUUUUUUUUAACCUAACGCUUCUGAAAGACAGAGUUUGUAUGAUGAUGGGGCUUCAUCUACUAAACUCCACAGCCUUUUCCUUCCUCUGGUGGACCACCCAAAGAACACAAUGCAUAUAUGGUACAAUCAGCGCGCGAGAGAGAGAGCGAGAGAGAGAGCAAAUAGUCUGCUAUUUUAGAAAGGGACAACGACGGGACUGGUCAUAAGUUUGGAGUGUCUUGUCAAGCGCAGUCCAGUUUCAAGAUGAGUGUGUAUGGCUGCUUCCUCGCCAGCUCAGUUCUUCUUUUAUCGUUAAUGGCAGUAGUGCUGGAAACCUGCAAAGUCCCUUUCAUUGAUCCCCCUCACCUGCUGGUUCUAUAUGGAGAUCCAGCCUGGGCAAACUGCUCCACCACAGAUCAACCAAGCAUGAUGGGAUGGGAAUCCCCUGUGGGAUCUAUAAGUGGUGCCGGCAUCACACACCUGAUCUGGACACUACAGAGUGUGACUACGUGGACUGUAGGAGGGAGAACACAGUGUUACACAAUUUCUGAUUCAGGGAGUUCGUGUACGAGCAAUCUCAACAUCACCAUAUACAAGCCUCCUGACAGAGUGUCCAUUCAUGCCGUAGGCGAUGUUGAUAACUUGGCUGAAGGGCAGCCCCUCCAGCUGGAAUGUGUAGCAGAGAAUAUAGCCCCUGCUUCACAUGUGAAAGUGACAUGGUUUAAAGGACAGGAACAGCUAAGAGGAAUCCCCUCAACUGACUUCACUGUUGACGGAGAUCCAAAUGAAAAUGUGACCGUGACACAUACACUACAUCUCACUGCCAGCAGGGAAGACCAUGGAGCCCAGUACAGAUGUGAGGCCGAGCUGGAGCUCGCGGGACUUCAGCCUCAUGCGGUGAAGAGCUCACAGCCUCUUGGGAUUUCAGUGUUUUUUCUUCCUGUGAUAAACUGUCCUUCAGAGGUCCAGGUGCGAGAGAAUGAGAGACUGCCCAACUGCACAGCUGAGGGUAACCCCUCUCCAGAGUUCACCUGGUUCAAAGGUCAUCAGCAGGUGGAUCCCCAGUCAACUCUUAGCAGGGUGGAUGGAGGCCGGUAUACUGUGACUGCCAGGAACAGUAUGGGAAUCGUCAAUGAAACUGUGGAUGUCGAGAUUUGGUUUGGGCCUGAGAUCAAUUGUUCUACAAAGGCCCGGGUCAAAGAGAACGACAGACUUCCCAGGUGCAGUGCUAUGGGCAAUCCCCCUCCAGAAGUCAUCUGGUUCAAAGGUCAUCAGGUGGAUCCCCUUUCACCUCUUAGCAGGAUGCACGGAGGCCAGUACACUGUAAUUGCCAAGAACAGUGUGGGAGCUGUCAAUCAAACUGUGGGCAUUGAGAUUUUGUACGGUCCAAUGAUCACCUGUCCUCAGACACUUGAGGUGAGAGAGAAUGAGGCACUAAACGGCUGCACAGUUGAAGGCAAUCCCCCGCCAGAGCUCACCUGGUACCAAGGAGAUGUUAAAGUUGACCGCAUAUCAAAACUGGGCAAAAUGGAUGGAGGCCAGUACACACUGUUUGCGGAGAGCAAGCCUUUUUCUUCAGUCCAUCAUUCUGUGGAGGUGGUUAUAAUCAGCAAAGGUAAUUACAUUUCCAUGUCUGGUGGUUGUGUCCUAUUGGUGGUGCUGUUCAGUCACAUCUUUCACUGACUGUGAAUGGACGUUCACUGAUGGACUGAUGGAAUCUACACAUCUUGUGAUUGGCCGAUGGACAAAGAAGUGUCUUCAUGGAUGUUGUAGUUAGCAAUGAUUUCCUGGGUGGUUUUGUGGAACGAACUCUUUUCUGCCAUAGCACUUUUCAGUUCAUCUCAACCAUCUGACAUGUCCAGCACAUGGGCAUGGAGACAAACUCUCAUCUUCCCCAUUUCUAAAGAAAAAAACCCUGAACAUUAAAUAAAGCAGUCUCUUCAGCUAUGAA